CAGCAGUGGGUGUUUCUGGCUCUUCGCGAGUUGCCGCCGCCGCCGCCGGCGCUGCUCCUCCUCUGCUGUCUUGGGUUUCCCUGGUGCUGCCGCCGCCGCCGCAGUUCAGUGUGAGGAGAAGGAGGAUGUGAAGAUGGCGGAGCUGCAGAUGCUGCUGGAGGAGGAAAUCCCGGGGGGCCGCCGGGCCCUGUUCGAUAGUUACACUAACCUUGAGCGAGUGGCCGACUACUGCGAGAACAACUACAUCCAGUCAGCAGAUAAACAGCGAGCCUUAGAAGAAACCAAAGCCUAUACAACACAGUCCUUAGCAAGUGUAGCCUAUCUGAUAAACACUUUGGCCAACAAUGUCCUCCAAAUGUUGGAUAUCCAGGCAUCCCAGCUACGCCGGAUGGAAUCUUCUAUCAACCACAUUUCCCAAACGGUCGAUAUUCAUAAAGAGAAAGUUGCAAGGAGAGAAAUUGGUAUUUUGACUACCAACAAAAAUACUUCCAGAACCCAUAAAAUUAUUGCUCCAGCCAACCUAGAACGACCAGUUCGUUAUAUUAGAAAACCUAUUGACUAUACAAUUUUAGAUGAUAUUGGGCAUGGAGUUAAGUGGUUGCUUAGAUUUAAGGUUAGUACACAGAAUAUGAAGAUGGGUGGGCUGCCUCGUACAACACCACCUACUCAGAAACCACCCAGCCCACCAAUGUCAGGCAAAGGAACGCUUGGGCGUCACUCCCCCUAUCGCACACUGGAGCCAGUGCGUCCUCCAGUGGUACCAAAUGAUUACGUACCUAGCCCAACACGUAAUAUGGCUCCCUCGCAGCAGAGCCCUGUGAGGACAGCUUCUGUGAAUCAAAGAAAUCGAACUUACAGCAGUGGUAGUAGUGGAGGAAGCCACCCAAGUAGCCGGAGCAGCAGUCGCGAGAACAGUGGAAGUGGUAGUGUGGGGGUUCCUAUAGCUGUCCCUACUCCAUCUCCUCCCAGUGUCUUUCCAGCCCCUGCUGGCUCAGCUGGCACUCCUCCCCUUCCUGCCACUUCUGCCCCUGCCCCUUCCCCUCUGGCUCCUGCUGCUGUCCCCUCUUCCACUGCCCCAGAUGGUGCUGCUGCGGGAGCUCAGCCCCUUGCUGAUGGCUUCACUUCUCCAACUCCCUCUGUUGUUUCUUCCACUCCACCUACAGGUCACCCUGUUCAGUUCUACAGCAUGAACAGACCUGCUUCUCGGCAUACUCCCCCAACAAUAGGAGGCUCUUUGCCCUACAGACGUCCUCCUUCCAUCACCUCUCAGACAAGUCUUCAGAACCAGGUGAAUGGAGGACCUUUUUAUAGCCAGAACCCAGCAUCUCUUGCGCCUCCUCCUCCAGCCAUCCUACAGGUAACUCCUCAGUUGCCUUUAAUGGGAUUUGUGGCCAGAGUCCAAGAAAAUAUUUCAGACACUCCUCCUCCACCACCGCCUGCAGAAGAACCAGUCUUUGAUGAAUCCCCACCUCCACCUCCACCACCAGAAGAUUAUGAGGAGGAGGAGGCAGCUGUGGUAGAGUACAGCGAUCCCUAUGCUGAAGAGGAUCCUCCCUGGGCACCAAGGACCUAUUUAGAAAAAGUUGUUGCGAUUUAUGAUUACACAAAAGACAAAGAGGAUGAGCUUUCAUUUCAGGAAGGAGCUAUCAUUUAUGUCAUCAAGAAGAAUGAUGAUGGUUGGUAUGAGGGAGUCAUGAAUGGAGUGACUGGGCUUUUCCCAGGGAAUUACGUGGAGUCCAUCAUGCAUUAUUCCGAGUGAAGACUGACGAUGUACUGAGAUCAAAAGGAACUAUUAAGGGCUUUCCAGAUUUACACAAGGCUCUGGGGAAUAAACUCACGUGAACUCAUGGAUGAAGUAUAAGGAUAAUUGUAAUAAAACUACUUAUGUGUUUUGGCUUAAAAAUUAUUAUAAAAAAGCAAGUUAGUGACCUAGGUAUGAACAAAUGGAUCUUCUGAUGGUUAGUGGUGGCUGUGCUGAACACUUUGAAGUAAAUAAGCUGACGUAUUCAUCUCUGGGUGUGUAGAAAAUGAAAUGAUUUAUAUAUGUAACUGAAACAACGUCAAAAAUAAGACUGAGGUAGAAUCUAGGAUCUCUCUCAGGAAUCCUAUCUAACCCAGAGUUUUUCUCCCUUGCUUUAGUGCUUGGCGUUAGAAAUGCCAAGAUGAUAAUGCCAUGGUGUUAACCUUAUGACCCAUUGAGCAUCUUAGUCACUUUUUUUCUUCCACCUGAAGAUGAAGCAUCUGGAGAACUUAUAUGAAAGUUCACAUAACAAGCUUUCCAGGUUGUUUGUUACUUGUUUAAUGCAAUUAGAAUUUGCAGUUUCUUAGCACUCUGUGGCUGAAGCAAGUGAAUGCAAAACUGACUUUUAUCUCUUGAUAACUGUCAGCCUAAAUCAUUUAGAUGAUGAAGUUUAGAAAGUGUUAGGGACUUCUAAAGCUACCUAACUGGUGCCACAAAUUUGCUUUAGUAUUCUGAUGAAAACUACAUUGCCACCGAUCCAGACUUCUUGUAACAAGGGUUAGUCAUCUCAGAGCACAGGAUGUAGUGAAAUGGACAUUAUAUUUUCUUCAGUUUCAAGCCUGAAGAUUUUAAGUUAACAUUUGAAUGACAUGUGUUCUCAUUAGCAGUCAAGAUGAAAACUUUGUUCUGAGCAUUAAAGCUUUGACUUCA